UGACAGUCGUAAAGUUUGUGAAAUACGUUGUUGCACUUUGAUUAACUCGACGAUUUUCUUGAUAUAAGGUACGAACCUUGCGAGGAGCGUAACUUCUUCCCGGGCUUAAUAUCAAGAAAGACGAAGGCGGCGAUGAAAAAAUAUACCCUGAUAUGUUUCGCGUUGCCCCACUUGACCCUAUUCGCCUCGUAUAUUCCUCCGGCGGCAACGGCUAUCUUGGUCAUGUUCGAAGGGAAUGGCACUAGACAAUUGCCAGAGAGAUUGCCCUACUACAGCUGGGUCCCUUUCGGGUUCGAUACCGGACCUUCUUACCUCAUCGCCCUUGGAUACCAAGCCGGCCCUAUGUUUUCGUACGGUUACAGCAUUUCUGGGAUGGACGCGUUGUGUUACGGUCUGAUGCUGUGCAUUGCCGGAAAUCUGGCCAUAAUCCAGGGCGCUUUCUUAACAAUCAGAGAGAGGUCCUUAAAAAGGAUUAAAGGACCCGAGUGGGCCGCCGACGGGCUGUAUAAUUCCGCUUGUCUGAACGCCGCUAUGAAUGGCGAGAUGAGGAGCAUCUGCAGAAAUCUGCAAACAGUCCUUAACUCAUGCAAGGACUUAGAGCAUCUUCAAAAGUACGUAAUAUUGGCACAAGUGUCUACAAUCCAGAUGAUAAUAUGCUCCUGUCUUUAUCUAGUGUCAACGGUUCCAAUUAACAGCAAGCAAUUUUAUGCUGAAAUUGUAUACCUAGUAGCCAUGGGAAUACAACCAUUCUUCUUAUGUUUAUUUGGGAACGAAGUGACGUUUCAGGCGAAAUAUAUGCCUGACUACUUAUGGCAAUGCGACUGGUUAGCGGCAGACAAGAAAUUUAAGAAAAGUAUGAUAAUAACAAUGGCUAGAUUAAGCAAACCUGUCUCUUUAACUGCUGGAAAUUUUGCUUCGUUGACUUUGACAACGUUCGUUUCAAUUAUGAAAGCUUCCUAUUCGUUUUUCACUUUCCUGAAGAACACGGGCGAGUAACUCAAGAAUGAAGGACAAGAUAGCAGCUUUAAUAUCUCGGUUUUAGAAACACGCACCUGUAUCUUUUAGUUGAAAUCCACUUGUAAAAGGUAGAA